UUCAUGCACAUUGCGAAGUAAUUUUGCCGGAGUUAGAGAAAGUAAUAAAAACAGAUAGAAAAAAGGGACAGACAUGUACCGGGACAGUGUGCAAGCCGAGAAAGGGAAAGUAUAAUAGCGUUGGAUUGGCUUUGCCGAAGAUAGUGAACUCUCGGUUCGAUCGGCACCAUCGAUCCAACGGCUUAUAAUGUAAACGACGUUUCAAUUAUCGCUAUGCCGUCGUGUCGAAGACAUCGAUCGAGGAAGAAAAAAAACAAAGUCAGAGAGAGAGAGAGAGGGACGGCGCGAGAGACGGUGACAAGGAGAGAGAGGGAGACAAAGCAUUGCAUUUGAGACACGCGUUUGCGUGGCGCUUUACAAACGCUCUCGGCCUCGAGUUACAAACGCGGAACCGUUAGUCUAUACGCGGUUGUUGCAUCGACACGUUGCACCAUCCGACUCUCCGUGCUCAACGGGACAAAAUGUGCUUUCGUUCGCGUCUCAGUGUUUCUACUCGUGAAUUGCAUUCGCUGUGCAGCCUGAAGUUCGCGAGGGUGUGUUGGUGCCAUUCAAAGCUGUGCGAGUGUGGGCGCUGAUCUCGUGCGACUGGCGCGACAUCGCACGCGAGAUUCGCGAGAAUUCAGCUCCCGAAACACUGUCGCGUUUGGCCUCGGCGAACGCGACCUCAACGAAAACAAAACAUUACAUCAAUCAAUAGAGGAGAACAAUACUACUUUUUUUAUAACUUAAUUCCUAUCGGUGGUUAAAUAGGACACGAAAGAUGAACGAAGAAGAAGAAAAUGAGGACGAAACGUCCGUUUUUCUCCAUUCUGUUCCUAGAAAAGCCAACUAAAUGACGAACUUUUCUUCGGUUAUCUCACACACUUUAACACACGGAGACACACGCGCUAUUGCAUAUUAUAUGUGUACAAUAUUACGAGGAUCAUUUUUCCGCAUCUACUGGUAAUGGCGAAUUACCCCACUCUUGGCUCAACAAGACAGUCCGAGUGAGUGUACACAACGCUGGUGAAAAUGUUCCACGCUCUCUCAAACCAAGAUCACUAUUUUCGUUGAAAAAGUCUACUUUCUUUCGAAACAUUUCCACUGACGAGGGAGGAACAAGAAAAUCGAAAAAUAGCGAUCGAAUAAUCGCAUUCAAUUCCAAUUUUCAAAAGUCCAAGGUACACCACUUUUCCUGACAUCGAUCCAUUUAGGAUUGAUGGCCCUAACGGUAGUCCGGAUAAUCCAAAACUCGUGUCUCUUGGCUUCUGAUGUUGGUAGUUUUCAAAAAGUUGGAAGAUCACAUGAAAAAACUCUCCAACAAUUCCAGUAAUACUCCAAUUUGCAAUUCGUAGUUUUUCAGUCUACAUCGUGGAAUAAAAAGUUGGCCAAUUACAAAUGGUAUUUUCGUUAACUUCGUUGGACUCGAACGUUUUGCAAACUUCAACAUCGUAUACACAAAACUUUUCUCGAAUGAUUCUACAAACAAAAAAAAUACUGCGACACAUCAGAGCAGAUAUUGCAGCUGAUCAACCCUGACUCUACAGAAGUCAGAAUCUCUCUCAUUCCAUCGUAAUGAGCAGUCGAUUAUCUAUCUGGAUUCGUGUGAAGAACGUUUCAUUAAUAUUUCAUACAGAACUUUUUUUUAUAUAAUCCUAGUUAUACAGGACGUCACAACAGAUGGUCAUCUCGUGAACUUUAGAAGGUGCAUUCAUCAACAAGAAUUCGACUGCCAGACUCGAAUUCUUCGAAGAAGCCAUGGAUGACGACAACGACGAUAAAGACGACACAAAACGAAAAUUUCGGAAUCUGAGUGAAAAGAAAAGACGAGACCAGUUCAACAUGUUGGUGAACGAGCUCGGAAGCAUGGUGACUGCAAACACUCGAAAAAUGGACAAAUCAACAGUGCUAAGAUCGACGAUUUUAUUUUUAAAAAAUCACGACGAAGUUGCUGUUAGAUCUAGAGUUCAUGAAAUUCAAGAGGAUUGGAAACCAUCCUUUCUGUCGAACGAAGAGUUCACCCAUCUUAUAUUAGAAGCACUCGACGGUUUUAUAAUGGUAUUCUCGUCGAACGGUCGCAUAUAUUACGCGUCGGAGAGCGUAACGUCUCUGCUCGGUUAUCUGCCGAGCGAACUGGCGAAAGCAACGAUCUACGAGAUCACUUAUCAGGAGGAUCAGUCGCAUUUGUACAACAUUUUGCUGAAUCCAGGCAAUGAUCGAGACCAAAGUGGCGUCAAUGAAGAAAAUCAAGUUUCAUUCACUUGUCAUAUAAGGAGAGGUGGCUUAGAUUUUCGGGAAGAGACAAUCUACGAGCUCGUACAGUUUGUUGGAUAUUUUCGUUCGGACACAGAUAUCGAAACUCUACUGCCAAACAAUAGAACCAGCGGUACCAUCGUCAAUGACACGGAGUGCAUUUUUGUUGGAACAGGACGUUUGCGAACUCCACAAUUAAUAAGAGAUAUGUCCUUCGUCGAAAGCUCGAAAUCGGAGUUUACAUCGAAACACAGUCUCGAGUGGAAGUUUCUCUUCCUCGAUCAUCGAGCACCACCGAUCAUCGGUUAUCUUCCGUUCGAAGUUCUUGGCACGUCAGGCUACGAUUACUAUCAUGUGGACGAUCUCGAAAAAGUUGUACUCUGUCACGAAUCAUUGAUGCAAAAGGGCGAAGGCACUUCGUGUCACUACAGAUUUCUCACUAAGGGACAACAAUGGAUAUGGCUGAAGACGAGAUUCUAUAUUGAUUACAAUCAAUGGAACUCGAAGCCAGAGUUUAUCGUAUGUACGCACAACGUUGUGAGUUACACGGAUGUGAUACAACAAUUUAAGUCGAAGAAUAACGAGAAUGCUAGCAAAAAUAAAAGCGACGUAGUGAAUCGGAGCACAACUGCGGAGUUGCCGGUGUCAACGACGCCAUGUCCAGUUACGUCGUCGAAAUGGUCCCCGAAGUCAUCAAAGACCGUGAAAUUCAACGUGAGUGCUUCAAGACCUCAUUACCAGGGCAAAAUACCUGACGAAGCACCGAUGUCGACAGGCUCUCAAAGUUCGAGGCAGUUUGUUUCCGCCACCAACAGUUCGAGAACCGUAGCGGCAGCACCUGCACCUGCAAACACUGGAAUGACUCUCAGGUCGAGAACACCGCCAGAAACAUCCCCGAAAAAUCGCAGUCAGACGAGAGUUGAUCAAGCGAGUCCGAACUUUGUGGAAUUGCAGAGAUUCACUUCCGAACCUACCAUCGCAGUGACGCCUGAUAAUUUCAUUAUUCCGGCGGUUCCCGCAACCCGAAUCACUUUGCCCAUUACAUCGAUCAUGAACCAACAAAACAUAAAUCUAACGACUGCCCAAAAUCGGAUUCAGGAUGAGCUCCAGAGGAAACACGAGGAACUUCAACAGCUGAUCGUCCAUCAGCAGGAGGAGUUGAGAAGAGUCUCGGAACAGCUGUUCAUCGCACGAUAUGGAAUUCUGUCUCCGCUCAUCAACUCAGGUUCAUCGUACAACGUAGCUCUGGCUCAACCGAGCGGUCCAAGUAACAAUAGUUCAGACGCUGGAGAAGCUUUGAAUUCUUCGUCGAAUCAUCCAAUCCAAGGGAUAAACAUUCUUCCAGCACCCGAUCAACUAUCCGCCCCAACCGUUCCUAUGGGACCAUUUCAACACUCAACGACAGCUCUAUCCGUCAAUAAUGUUGGGCUGCCUCUUCAACAGCAUCAUCACCAUCACCACCACCAUCAUCACCAUCCACAAUCCGAACAGCAACAGCAACCACCGCCACAACAGCAACAAGCAUCAGCGCAACAACAGCAGCAUCCAGAUGGCCAAGGACACGAUCAGAAUCACCAGCGUCAACAGCCAUCGACACACGUUUCGCAUCAGGAUGAUCAGAUGAUUCCUAUGACGCAGUUUCCCAUUUGUACGCAGCCUGAAAUACCUUAUGGGAAUGUGGAUCUCACCGCGAGUACACAGCAGCUAUUAAACCAUUAACUUAUUUGUGUGUCGCAGUGUUUUUAAUAAUGGGCUCGGUAUAGUGUGAUUUUUAGUAAAUGUUGUUGCUGCUGGAUGUGCGACGCUACUGUUUGUGCCAAAAUCUUUCGACAAAAUACUCCCGGAGAUGUUAUUUGUCUACUGAAUAGUACUAUUACCUUUCGAUCGAUAGCUUAUUCUUUUGAAAGUUCCAUAUUUAUCGGUUUCACGUCGUUGAUCUCUAGGACGUGUGAACCAGGGAAAUGACACUUUGGAGAAUAUCUCUGAGUGACAGAGACUGUAAACAGCGAUACUAAUACAUGGUGCUGCCGUUCCGCAAGUGUUCUAGUAGUAGCUGCCUAAAAGUACACGACAAUGACUCUACCGGUGCUUGAAAAGACUCUCUAGACAACUCGAGUGUCCCGAGUUCUACGGACGUUUGGGUGUCUCUCUUAUGCUACUUCAUCGGCGAACCUGAUGCUCAUUGGAACUUGAGAAUAAUUCUCCCAAACAUGUAUAAAUGUACUUUGUUUUCUACGUUUAAUCCAGAAUAUGAGUGUCUACAUUAUUUAAGAAUAACUUUACGGAUUUACAGAGUACUCGCUCAUGGCGUUGAGUGCUUAAAACAGGGUCGAUAGUAAGGGUCUAAAAACACUUUCAACGAAUUCAUCGUCAAUUUUUUAUGUUCUUCGAAUAAAAAGGAUACGAUAAAUUGUAACGGGCCUGCCGAUGUACUUGCCCCGAGAUUCUACCGAGUCUCUUGAUUAAAAAAUAAUUCAACUAUAUGUUCACUUACAUUUGUGAUGGAAAAAAUACGCGUUAGAUGUUAAAACGCGAGACGUUUGCCUUGUUACGUUGUUGGAUCUUCAUGAAUGGAAAGGGGCUGUACCCAAUCGUAAUACAUAGUAAAUUAAAGACACAUUAAUCUUCUUCUGUCCUUAAACAUUCAUAACGAACGAGGCUGGAGCCAAACUUUGAGGACCAAUUUACGAAAAUGGAUUUAUUUUUUGCAAAUUUCCAUGCCAAAUCCCUCGUUUCCUCGUACUUUACUGAAGAAUCGAGGACUCAGAAAUCGUACUGUAUUUUUUUAAUAACUAGUUUGAAUAAUAGUGCUGUUUAUUUCCAGGAAUAUUUCUUUCUCAUCAAUCGGUAAUGCAGCAACAUUCAGUACGAUCAUCAUUGAUCGCUGUGCUUAAAUCGUACAAAAAUAUAUUUUUUAAAUAACUAUUUGACAAAUUUUACUGGAAUACGAUGUAAAGAAUUAUAAUAAUGAGACUCUUGGCAACUCUAUCGUGCAUAAAAGUGACUUGAUGGAACAAAAGUGUAAAAAUCUGGUCAUUUUUACACGUUAUCUUCUCGUAUAAUUUUAUCGGUAUAAAGCAUGAAUCAAUAUUGUAUCACGGGUGUGUAUUGAUACUUAAAAUUACAGCUUGAGAGAAAAGAAUCAGGGAAUUAUAAAAUAAUGUUCUGACCAUUUUGUUUCAGAGAGAUAGCAGAACUUUUGAAGCUAUUUUGUCAUCGAAAUACCAAUCGAAUAAAAUUUUCUACUCCAUAUGUGUAUGCGUAUGUAUGCGUUUAUCGAUAUUGUGAAAAUCUGUUAAAAAUUAAAAUAGAAAAUUUAUCUUAUUGUGUUAAA